GUCGCCCCUGCUUCACUUUCCCCAUGGGGGCGGAUCCUGUGGGGCCUCUUCUCGAAACAUUGGUUCACCAACCGGCUAUAGUGGCGGCAAAAGGCAGGAUCGACAUCGCGAUAUCGCGUGGUGCAACGUUCGGGGUGAGAUGCGCCGAAUUCGACGGCCUAGCCGGGGUAGCGAUACACCGAUGCGUCGUCGUGGGAAGCUUCCUAAGAGGUUAAGAGGUGGCUGCAGAACAAAGUCUUGACCUACCGUACGCUUGGUUUAACGUUCAUUCUCAUAUCUUUUAUUGGCAAAAAUGACGGGGGGGAACAAACAAAAGAGAUAUGCUCUGAUUGGCACAGGGGGUCGUUCGUCCUUCUUCUACACAGCGAUAGCGACGACCUACAAAGAGACCUCUGUUGUUGUAGCGCUAUGCGACACCAACCAGACACGACUGGACUUUGCGAACUCACAGCUGGAAUCUCUCGGCCAUGCCAAGGUUCCCACUUUCAAAGCGUCGGAUUUCGACCGAAUGAUUCGAGACACGAAGCCAGAUGAGGUCAUCGUAACAACCAUCGAUCGCACACACAACAUCUACAUUGUUCGCGCGCUGGAACUAGGUUGCAAUGUUGUAACGGAGAAACCCAUGACUAUUGACGCACCACGGUGUCGUGAGAUCUUCGAUGCUGUUGAGCGAACGGGCAAGAAAGUACGCGUUACGUUCAACUACCGCUACGCACCGCACAACACAAAGGUCUGGGAACUUCUUCGUUCUGGCGCAAUUGGAAGGGUGACGAGCAUACACUUCGAAUGGAUGCUCAACACGUCACAUGGCGCAGACUACUUCCGCCGCUGGCACCGGGAUAAGCGUAAUAGCGGUGGGCUACUCGUCCACAAAUCAACCCAUCACUUCGACCUCGUCAAUUUCUGGUUAUCCUCGCGUCCGGAAACUGUGUACGCGCAGGGAAAUCUGAACUUCUACGGGCGAGAGAACGCUGAGAAGCGAGGCGUUCAAGACUUCUACACAAGAGCCCAUGGCAGUGAGGUGGCGAAGAAAGAUCCAUUCGCACUGCACAUGGACCAAAAUGAGAAGCUGAAGAAGAUGUACCUCGAUGCCGAGCACGAAGACGCAUACUAUCGCGAUCAAAGCGUCUUCGGCGACGGCAUAAGCAUAGAAGAUACAAUGAACCUCCUGGUAAAGUAUGAGAACGGUGCGGUACUCACUUACUCCCUGACUGCAUACGCACCAUGGGAAGGCUUCCGCGUGUCGUUCAACGGCACUGGGGGCCGUGUGGAAAUGGAAGUCGUCGAGAACAGCUACGUGAACAGCGGAGGAGACCAAUCGCUCGAGGGAUCACUCGAAAAGCGAUCGAUCACACUCAGAAAGCUGUUUGAGAAGCCCGAGGACAUAGAGAUCCCUGAUUCUGUUGGGGCGCAUGGCGGAGGCGACGAGGUCCUGCUAGCAGAUUUGUUUGGUGAGCAAGGUGCGGAGAUCGACCAGGAUAUGAGGGCUGCUAGUCACGUUGACGGUGCGCUUUCAAUUCUUACGGGUAUCUGUGGAAAUAAGUCAAUGGCUACUGGACAGGUUGUUAAAGUUAGCGACGUGUUCGUGGUGUAACUGGGUAUGGCGUGUCGGUCGUAGUAGGAUAAUGAACCAUCGAAUUUCUCGGUAUGCACGCAACGAUACGAUGUGGUAUCUAGUGUUUCCGCAUCUCAAUAAAAGAUCACGGUGGCUGGUAGUGAGUAGUGACUUCGUACAAGUAAGCGUCAUCGUGUGGGGCGAACCGCGG